ACCUAGACAUCACUAAAAAAAAAGUAAAUGACGAGAGGAAACUCGAGGAAAACCUUUGUUGUUAGUUUUCUUUGUAGAUAGGUAGCUUUAAAUUUUUGAAACCUUUUAAUUUUGGUUCCUAAUUAUUAAAAAUGAAUUUAUCUUAGUUCUCCUUUAAAAUCUCAGUGAGAUCUUUAGUGAGUAGGUCAUGGCUCUAAGUUAUUUUAGUUUACAAUGUGAAAUCGACUAACUGACGUAUAAUGAAAUCUUUAUAACUGUCCUCGCGGCUGUGAUCUAAGAUGUCAUCAGUAGGGCAGUUAGUGCCCCAGGUGACACGUGGCCCUCCCAACAUGACCAUCAAAUUCAACGGACCACACAUAGAAGGCUCAUUCUGCUCAUUGAUCGAUUACAACUAUGAUCCCAUUAUCAGUGUGAUUUGUGCAAUGUAUAUUAUCUUUGGAAUUGUCUACACACUCUUUGGGUACCGAUGUUUCAAAGCAAGUAUGUUUUUAACGGGUUUCACCUUUGGUUCAGCAAUAGUUUAUCUAAUAUGUCUUCAGGAAUAUUUGAUGCCACCAUAUGGGAAUGUCGGUGUGGCUGUGUGUGCCGGACUACUGUUCGGCCUCAUAACAAUGUUGAUCCAGUAUGUGGGCCUGUUCAUGACGGGUUUCCACACGGGCCUCCUGCUCGCCAUCGCCGGCCUCGCCAUCUACGACCACUUUCUCGAAAGCAGACCUAAUACGUACUGGCUCUGCGUGGUGGUGUUGCUCGUCUCCGGGAUAUUCUUCGCGGUCGUUAACCUCUACUGGAAGAAAGUGCUGACGGUAUUCGGCACGAGCGUGUACGGCGGCGCCGUCAUCGCGACCUGCCUCGACUACUUUCUGGAGCGCAUGGUCAUGCUCAAGUGGCUGUGGGAGCGCGCUAAGCUGGAGCCGGUGGUGGUGCCGCCGUGUCGGUUGUCGUGGCUGGCGCUGGCCGCGUGGCCUGCAGCCACGAUCGUUGGCUUUGUAGCGCAGGGUGCGCUUACCGCCGCCGGGACGCACCAUGAACAAAGUAUAGGCGCGCAGAAGCGUCGACUGAAGGCGCAGCAGUCGCGGCCGGUGACGCGCGAGCAACGCGCCGAGAUGAAGCAGCGCAAGUACCGAUACCUGUACCAGGUGCGUACGGCGCACGGGGACGUGAUCUCGCAGUCGUACGUGCAGGCGCUGCAGAAGAAGGCGCAGUGCGGCAACUGGAGCGGCGCGUGCGGCGGCGGCGGCGGCGGCGAGUGCAGCACGCUGCAGAGCGACUCCACGCACCUCACCGUGCUCGCGCCGCCCACCGACUCCGACGACGACCUCAACCAGAUCCGCGCCGCGCACUAGGGGGCGCAGUGUGACGCCGCGUCUCGAACUGAAUGCCGAAUACUUCCUCUGCCCGCCUGUCGGCGUCGCUGCAGGUCGCAGGCCGCCCAGAGCGGCCCCAGUAUUAUUGUAAGAGAUAUCCACUCGUAUAUCGUGUCAUUAUAUUAUAUUACAUUAGUAGUGAUCAAUAUUAUCGAUGUAUUUGUAUUGGAUGUGAUUUUAUGACUUAUUAUUAUUAUUGUAUUUACAUUGUAAUCACAUUACUAAUGUUUAGGUGUCGGAGUUUGAGGCCAAGUUUUAUUUUGGAAACUGUUUUCGAUUCCACGUAAUUUUCUUAACUUAUUAAAUAAAAUUGUUACAAACUCGGAAGUUAUCGAUAUUUCGACGCGUCGAUGCGACGCAAGUGCGCGUGCGCGAGCCCGCUAGGAGUUAAUUAGAAUAUCGUUAUCUAGUGACGUCGAUCCUUACAGAAAUAAUGAAAACACUGCCGUAUUAAUAGCUUUUAUAAAUACUUUAUAGGUAUUAAAUAAUUGUAAAGAGUCCGCGAUGGCCUCGGACUCCGCCGCGUGUGUCGGCUACACGUGGGAGCGCACUUGCGUCUGACGCACUGGACGAAGUCUUCUCCGCUGUUGAACGUUUCGAGCGUUUCGAGCGUUUCGAGAUUUAUUAUUAUUAUUACUUAGGACAUUCCCACGUCUCGUUACUCAUACGCUUUGGUGAGGUUAGUCGCGUUAGGAGUUUCGUUCUAUUUGCCUAUUGUUUUAGGACUAUCUUUCCUGCCCCUAGACUGAACCGAACGAUUACGAAUAUUUUGUUGGUAGUGUUCCUUUGCCAAGCACAAUGCUGUCGAGCGUGAACGUGAACGUGAACGUGAACGGGUAAGCUCUAUAAGAGCGUAGACUAGUGUCGUGUACGCGUCCGCGCGGGGCGGCGCGGGGCGGCGGCCCAGGGCUGUGCGCACGUCCCCCCCCCCCCGUCCCGUCCCGAGCGGGACGAAGCGUACAUGUACAUUGCGACGUGUGAUAUGUUAUACUUUGGCCAAAGUUUAUUUAAGUUGUUACAGCUAAAAGCACAAUUAUUUUUAUUCACUUUUGAUGUUUACUGCUUGCUUGAAUGUCAAGUGGCCGUGUCGACGGUGAGUCGACGUCGGUAAGCCGGCGGCCAGCGGCUGCAGUGAGAUACGUAGCGGUACGGAAGAUGAAUAGCGUGUACAUAUUAUACAGUAGCUGUAAGUGGUAGCGGUAGCGGCGGGCGGCCCUGCCCGCUCGACCUCUGGUCCCAGUGCCCGCACACUCCCCGGGUGUCGCGGUGACGUGGCACGUCGCUGCACUCAGAUGCUCGUUUCGAUGGUUAUAUUGUUUUAUUUCGUAAACGUUUAUUCAAUUAGACCCUUGCGACUGUUAUUUUAUUUUAUUUUUAUUAUUAAUAUGUUUGUGUUGAUUUGUAUUGUAUUUUAUUAUUUUAUAUUAUUUUUCGAACGUAUGCCUGUGUGCGUGUUUUAUUUCGUCCCUCUCCUGUUCCUCACGCCCAGUCGCUCUCGCAUGAGAUUAUAUUACAUAUGUAUAGGAUAGGUUGCUGAAAUAUAAUCGAUCGUAUAAGUCGUAAUCGCUAGGGACGCAAACCGGAGCCGAGACGCGUCUGCCGUCUCGUGAGCACAUUCAGAACAAUAAUAUAUUAAGUGAGGUCUCGGUAGUAGCCGAUAGUAGUAUUACGGGCGGCGCACUCGUCGCGUUAAUAUUUAAUUUGAAUGGCAUUCACCAGUGCACAGUGACUAGGAUCACUUAAUGAAAAUGAUAUGUUGAUAUCGUACAAUUUCCCAUUUGCGCACUGUCGUCGUAAGUUGUCGUGAGCGACUCCCGCCCCCCGGGCGAGUGCCGGUACCGCUGUCUGAGAGCGGUGAUUUUCGAGUCAGUUGCGAAGUGAACAGAAACACCCGGGAAACGGAAGAAGUGAUAUUUAAAAAUUAAAAAUGUACGUGAAUUGUAUUUUUGUAAAUAUGUUGUAGGCGAAAUAAUCUAUUUUCAGUAAUAGCGAUUGCAUUCUCAUCGACAAACUAAUUUAAUCGUCUUCGUGUUUUCAAAGCUCUCCUGCGUACUUGCCCGAGCGCAGCCGCCGCGGCGCGCGAGGCGUGCACACGAUGCAGAACAUUGCAUUGUAAUGUUUUCAGUCGAAAGUUCAAGUCUUGUAACAAAUUAGAAGUGCAGACACGUAGUAUUUAUUCUGGUUUUUAAAAAGCCGCUUUGAUAUUGAUGUAAUUAAAAGUUCUAGUAUAUUAGGGGUUCCGUAUCAGAAAAGGUAAAAAGGGUUCAAAGUGAGACUCCGUCCGUCUAAAUAUAGCUCGCGCCUGUGCUUCGGAGGCCUGAACGGUAGGUUCAAAGCUAUGUGUGUGUGAAUGUUGUGCAUCGGCUAUCGUCGUAUUCAGAAACAAGACCGACCGCCUCGAGACACCCGUGCUGCCGUCUGUAGGGUACAGUAAGAUAUCAUAUAAAUCGUAAUAUUACAGAGCUGCUGUCACCUAACUGUCACUAUUUUUCCUAAAUUGAAAUACAAGAAUCGAUUUGACUUUGACAAGCAAACACGACGAGGAGUUAUACCGCUCUGUAGUACGGUCUGCAUAAAACCAAAACCCUCAAAGGCUCAUUUAUUUGCCGCCUCGCUCGCACUGCUUGCAACGACGGCUGUUCUUAGAAAAGCCAUUGACACUGUUAGUGUGUGAUGGAGUUAAGUUUGCAAGAGUUGUUUAAGACCAAAUUACUUUUGCCAAUCGCUUUAGUACAGUGCGAUACGAUUGUUUCUGAUGUUAGCCGAUGCACAAUAUUUAUUAUGAAGUAGGUACUAUACGAAGUUUAGUCACUAUUGGCAACUGUUCGGACGUUAAUACUUAGUAUAUUUUCUUUAAAAAGUGAACAGCUGAGGCUUCGCAAAGAAACAUGUUUCUCUGAACAUACAGCUCUCUCACUUCAAUAAAUCAGGUGAUCAGAAAAAAAUAUUGGAAUAAGAAUUCCUUUUACAAAAUCAUUGCCAAGCGUAGGUGAUACUUAUAAUACAGUUCUAGUAUUGUCAUUUCCGUGUAUGCGUCGUAACUCAUUUGCAUUUCAAGUUUCACUUCAAAAUAUAAAAUAGCAAUCACAUGAGUUCGACGAAAUCUCUCGGGGAUGAAUGGAAUGGGUUUCACGAAAUGAUCACCGAGCAGGGUUGGAUACGGAACCCUAGCGAGUCACAAUCGCAAUUGAUGUGUGUUUAAAAGUUACGUUCGUUUUAAAUUGUCUUAAAGUACCUGUAGUAGUGUAAAUAUCAACGCGCAAUUUCGCGUUUGCGUAACGCACAAAUCAAAGAAGAAAUUUCAAUCACCGCACAAGUCGAUAAUAAUACUCCAAAAGUAUAUUCUCUCCAACCUUUAUUUCGAAAAAAUAUACUUUUGAGACAAAAUAGAUAUAGAUAUAACUUACUUAAGUAGCAAACUUCUCUCCUACUCGUACACCAUACCGUCACCAACGCCACCAACGCCAGAGGCCGGCGGCGAGCGGCGGGCGUGCUCGUGCGGCGUCGUAAGUGUUUUCUCCGAUAUCCGAUCCGAUAUCGGUCUCUGUGUGCGCAGGCCCAUAUGUUUUUGUUUUAAGUGCGUUUUGUAGCUUGCUAAAAAGAGUAUAAAAUGCUCCCUCUGAAUAUCUAGCUUCAACAAUGGGAUGUACCGAAUACUGUCGUUGUACAUAUCUUUAUAUUUUUUGUGUCUCAAAUAUAAUAGACACGGCAAAUACGUAAAGUUUUGUAUCAUAGUCUGCUAUGAUGACCUGCCCGCACGAAGCUAUGGAGCAAAUGGCCGAAUCGGAACGAAUUUAUCGGAAAGUGAAAAUAGUACAUGGUGUCAGCUACCGUUCGGCACCGACGUCGGAUCGGAUAACGUGAACGCUCCAACAAGUCUGCAGUCGUAAAGUGUCGCGAGCGGCGCCCGGCCAGCGUUAGAUAUUUAGUCUUUGAGUGUUAACGAGUUAACCGUAAUAGAUGUCGUAGGAAUUGUAACUAAAAAGUGCAAAGGGAUUGCACACGAGCACACUUAUUGUGAUUCCAAUUACCUUAUAUGUAAUAAUCUAUAAGCAUUAAAUGUUUCUAGAGUUUUAUACCAAGUGAUCAAUAAAUUGAUGCAAUUGUUCAAUAAUAAUGUAUCGAAAUUUAAUUUAAUUUUAAAGGCGUAAAAUGUAAUUACUGAGGAUUACCUCGGGAACGUUAUCGUGCUGGCGAAACUCUAGGAACAGGCGCCUACCGACGCUCCAACCCGCUUCGAUUACAUCCACGUAAGGCGACCGUUGUAUUUGUAUUUCUUUGCAACGUCCGAUGUUCGUAGUAGGUACGGGUUGACCACUGAUUCGUUAGAGUUGCUUUAGGGAGAGUACACUUAUAUUUUUUUAUAAAUAUUUAUGAAUAAUACUACUGGAGUUUGUGCCAUUCUCACGCGCGGCCGCAAUGGCCUAAUUGUCGUGAACGUGGCGUAGCGGUUCUAAGUGUCAUGAUGUACUUUUGCAAACUUCCCUUAACAUUCGAGAACUCCAAGGAUGUUUCGAGGCCGCUGGUCCGCCUAUUAGUGGAGGGCUGAUUUGCUAUCAACGAAACAAUGUCCAUUUUACAAAAAAUGUAGCAAAUGUUUUCGAUUGGUCGAUCCAACGACCCACCGGAUGUACCAUACAUACUACACUCGUCCAUCUUAAAUCUAUAGAGUAUUUUUCUAUACUGAACGGUACAACCUUAUUAACGGUAACACAGCCGUCGCGCCGACGGAGGCUACGUAGGUAGGUGGUCUGGUGGUCGCGUUCGCGUGCGUGUCGUCUCUGGUCCGCCCGACUGGCGCGGGCGCGGGCCGUUCGCUGAACAAAACUGCGCGUAACAGCAAUUAGUAGUAGAUAUUUUUGGACUGUAGUCCUAUCUUGCCAAUACUGUAAUCUACGAACGUUAUUUUAAUAAAUAAUUUGUUGUCAUCUCUAA